AUGCUCUACAAUCGACUUUCAGCCGACCUUCCGACUCUUGACAAAGACCUUCUGAUUCUCACUGCAGCGUUCUACGGUAAUGUCGACGACCCAACACGGUCCGCCAGGAAUUUGAGUUACCUAUCUGCCCCACGAAAGUCGGUACUCCGAGAACCAUUCCGGCGUCAACCGAUCAUGAAGCCCGCUAUUGCAAGUGCUUGCAUCGUCGCCGACUAUGAGGACCUUUUUGACCUCCUUCAUAUAGACCCAGAUACCGAAAUCAUGGAAGAUGCUCGCGAUAGCCUGAACCCCCAUGAUAUCCGAUGA